AUGAAUUCGGCGGAGCAGACCGUUACGUGGCUGAUCGCCCUGGGCGUGCUGGAGUCGCCCAAAAAGACGAUCUCCGACCCCGAGGGCUUCCUCCAGUCCUCCCUGAAGGACGGGGUAGUGCUCUGCCGCCUGCUCGACCGUCUCCUCCCGGGCACCAUAGACAAAGUGUACCCGGAGCCGCGGACGGAGGGCGAGUGCUUGAGCAACAUCCGCGAGUUCCUGCGGGGCUGCGGUGCCUCCCUCCGGUUGGAGACUUUUGAUGCAAAUGACCUGUAUCAGGGACAAAAUUUCAGUAAAGUUCUCAGCUCUCUCGUGGCUUUAAAUAAGGUGACUGCAGACAUAGGGCUAGGCAGUGACUCUGUAUGCGCACGUCCCUCAUCUCAUCGGAUAAAAUCUUUUGAUUCUCUGGGAUCCCAGUCUUUACACAGUAGAACUUCAAAACUCUUCCAGGGACAAUAUCGGAGUUUGGACAUGACAGAUAACGGCAACCAUCAGUUGGUGGUGAGAGCAAAAUUUAAUUUUCAACAGACAAAUGAAGAUGAACUUUCUUUUUCAAAAGGCGAUAUUAUCCAUGUUACAAGAGUGGAAGAAGGAGGCUGGUGGGAAGGAACUCUGAAUGGCAAAACAGGCUGGUUUCCAAGUAACUAUGUACGAGAAAUAAAAUCGAAUGAAAAACCCGUCUCCCCCAAAUCAGGUACAUUGAAGAGUCCACCUAAAGGCUUUGAUACGUCUGCAAUUAACAAAAGCUAUUACAAUGUGGUGCUACAAAAUAUAUUAGAAACAGAAAAUGAAUAUGCUAAGGAGCUACAAACAAUGCUUUCAAACUACCUGCGACCAUUACAAGCCAGUGAAAAGUUAAACUUGGCAAAUACUUCAUACUUAAUGGGAAACCUCGAAGAAAUAAGUUCUUUCCAGCAAAUGCUUGUACAGUCUUUAGAAGAAUGCACCAAGUUGCCUGAAGCUCAGCAGAGGGUUGGAGGGUGUUUUCUAAAUUUGAUGCCACAAAUGAAAAGCUUAUACCUUGCAUACUGUGCCAACCAUCCAUCAGCAGUAAAUGUUCUCACAGAACACAGUGAGGAGCUAGGAGAAUUCAUGGAGGUGAAAGGUGCCAACAGCCCUGGGAUCCUUGUACUGACCACGGGCCUCAGCAAACCUUUUAUGCGUCUGGAUAAAUACCCCACGUUACUCAAAGAACUUGAAAGGCACAUGGAGGAUUAUCAUCCGGAUCGUCCAGAUAUUCAGAAAUCCAUGACUGCCUUCAAAAACCUUUCUGCACAAUGUCAAGAAGUACGGAAACGGAAAGAACUUGAAUUACAAAUACUGACAGAAGCUAUCCGUUGUUGGGAGGGAGAGGAUAUUAAAACACUUGGCAAUGUGAUUUACAUGUCCCAGGUCAUGAUUCAGUGUGCUGGAAGUGAGGAAAAGAAUGAAAGGUAUCUUCUUCUCUUCCCUAAUAUUUUGCUAAUGUUGUCUGCCAGCCCGAGAAUGAGUGGGUUUAUCUAUCAGGGAAAACUGCCAACAACAGGAAUGACUAUCACAAAGUUAGAAGACACUGAAAACCAUAAAAAUGCAUUUGAAAUAUCAGGAAAUAUGAUUGAAAGGAUACUAGUGUCUUGUAACAACCAACAAGAUUUGCAUGAAUGGGUGGAUCACCUGCAGAAGCAAACCAAAGUGACAACUGUUGGGAAUCCCACCAUUAAACCUCACUCUGUGCCAUCUCACACGCUUCCUUCCCAUCCAGUAACACCCUCCAGCAAGCACUCAGACAGCAAGCCAAUACCACUGACACCUGCAUACCACACUCUCCCUCAUCCGUCACAUCAUGGGACUCCACAUACCACAAUAAACUGGGGACCGCUGGAACCUCCGAAAACCCCCAAGCCUUGGAGCCUGAGCUGCUUACGGCCUGCACCUCCAUUACGGCCUUCAGCAGCUCUUUGUUAUAAAGAGGAUCUCAGUAAAAGCCCUAAAACCAUGAAAAAGCUGCUUCCAAAACGCAAGCCAGAACGGAAGCCGUCAGAUGAAGAGUUUGCACUGAGAAAAAGUACAGCUGCUUUAGAAGAAGAUGCUCAAAUUCUUAAAGUCAUUGAAGCAUAUUGCACAAGUGCCAAAACACGUCAAACACUAAAUUCAAGUUCCCGUAAAGAAUCAGCUCCUCAAGUCCUGCUUCCAGAAGAAGAAAAAAUUAUUGUAGAAGAAACUAAAAGUAAUGGUCAGACUGUUAUAGAAGAGAAAAGCCUUGUUGACACAGUAUAUGCAUUAAAGGAUGAAGUACAGGAGUUAAGACAGGAUAACAAGAAGAUGAAGAAAUCAUUAGAAGAAGAACAAAGAGCUCGCAAGGACUUGGAGAAGCUUGUUAGAAAAGUUCUAAAGAACAUGAACGAUCCAUCUUGGGAUGAAACCAACUUAUAACUAUUUUUUUUGCCUUUUUCCUUCUUCCCUCUC